UCUGCUCAAUUCCUAUUGUACAGCCCUCUGGAACAUUCGCAAAAUGUCUAACCCGUCGCAGCUCUUCUUACUGGCUGAUCAUAUAAAGCUAUCGCUGCUCGAGUGGCAGCGUGCUCAAAAUCUCGAUCCCGACGACAACUCCCAUAACAGCGACGUCUCGCGCUCGUUCGAUCAGCUGCGUAAUGGUAUUGCUUCGCUAGAACAAGAGAGCGCUCGCCUCCAGGAAGCCGGCGAUGAAGUGGCCUCCCAAGCCAUUACUGAAUCUCUUCCGGGACUGCAUAAACAGUUUGACGAGUUAAUAUCUCAGUACCAUUCGCUUGCCGGCUCAUCGUCUCAAGAGCCCGGCGAAGAAGCAGAUGAGCUCUCGUCAUCCGCCAAUCGAUCUGCUCGUAAACCCAAAUCCGUACGAUUCAGCGAAAACCCUCCAUCACCAACUCAGGAACUAUUCGGCCGCUACCGCGAUGACCCGAACGCCUCUUCCGAAUCUCUCGGAUACAGUGACAAUGCCGCUGGAUUAUCCAACCAACAAAUACACGCAUAUCAUUCACAAAUAUUACAAGAGCAAGAUGAUCACCUUGACCGCCUAGGAGAGUCCAUAGGGCGGCAGCGAGAACUCAGUAUGCGAAUUGGCGAUGAACUAGAAAGUCACAUGGCCAUUUUGGAAGAGGUUGACGAAGCUACUGAUCGCCACUCUAGCCGAUUAGAUCGAGCUAAGAAGGCUCUAGGAAGAGUUGCGAAAAGUGCUUCGGAUAACAAGCAAUUAGCGAUUAUUUUCGCUCUCAUCGUUAUUCUUGUGCUGCUAAUCGCUAUUUUGAAAUGAUCUUACUGCCAUGUGUCACUGCUGGAGUAUCAUACAAUAUUGGCGUUGGCGUUGGCUCGGCGUUGAAGAAAUCAGUUGGUCCUGAAUCGUUACAUACUCUGGUGUGACAUUCGGGUUGCUUUUGCUAUGGUACACAAACUAAUCCCAUAGAUUACUCACAUAAUAAUCACCAUUAUCAGG